AUGAAGAGCUUCAGCACCCUCCUCCUCGCCGCGACGGGCGUCAUGUCCGCCGCCGUCGGCAAGCCCGUCGAGAAGCGCACCACCGGCAACGACCUGAAGUACAACAGCAGGAUCAUGAACUCGGCCGCGUACGGACGGUUCCUCGACACCGAGAUCGUCUCGGCGACCAACCUGCACACCCGCCAGGAGCCCGAGCCCGACGCGAACCGCGCCGUGAUCACCCCGGAGAACAUCUUUGUGCUCCAGUGCACCGAGCCCGGUUUCCGCGGCGACUGCCUCGUCUUCGGCGCCAGCCCCGGCGUCUGUGUCUCCUACUUCGACUACCAGGCCGGCAACUCGACCCAGAUCAGCUCCCGCUUCAACGACAACGUCACCUCCGUGUCCACCAACACCGGCGGGAAGUGCCAGUUCUUCAAGUUCCGCGGCUGCAACGACAAGGGCGACGACCGCGGCCUCACGUCCUCGUACAACUACAACCUGGGCGUCUCGCUCCCCGACGACCCCCGCACCGUCGAGUACGAGAACGAGAUCACCUCGUGGAGGUGUUAG